GAAUUUGCGACUGACAGCCAACAUGCGUGGGGCCUCCGAGUUUUUUUUUGCAAGUAUGACCUCCACGGUGACCGGUGACCGGUGACCCUUGGCCUGGUCCUGGUGGUGACCAGUAACUUGCUAACGUCCCUUUUUCGUCCUGCCCAGAGCCACCAGACACAUCAACAGGUUCACCUGUCAUCCUCCCCAUGCUCACUAUUGUGUUACUUACAUUUCUUCACUGGUUAUCAGACACUCGUGUCUCAGCGGCUGAUCAAAUUCCUCUCUCAUCGGUAGUUGCGUCUUUCUCAUUGACCACAAGUACUGUAAUGCUGUUUCCUUCCGCUACUCAAAGUGCAUCCGAUGCAUCGUCCUUCAUUACAUCCCAGUGGUCGUUGAACAAAGGACGCAUUCAGAACGGCGGUAGCAAUGUUGCCUUCGUGGACGAUCCCUUCCCAAACUCACCGGCUCCUGGCAUGACCGUGUCAAAUACUUCUGGGCCCGUCUUGCAAGUGACAUAUGCUGCUGGUACCUACGGAAGUACAGAUUCUGGUGUUCAGUGGUACUCGCUUUGGAAUACAACAGAUGGAUCUCAAUUUCAGAGCAUGCUACUCUCCUACGAGCUUGCAUUCGAUUCCAAUUUUAACUGGGUUCAAGGGGGAAAACUUCCUGGGCUUAGAGGCGGUCCUGAUGUCAACGAUUGCUCUGGCGGAGUGCAACCGAAUGGCACAAAUUGUUUCAGUACCAGGCUCAUGUGGCGAAAAAAUGCGCAAGGAGAAGUUUAUGCAUACAUGUUGACUCCUAACAAAAUCUGUUCGGAUAGCAACAUGAUUUGCAACUCUGACUACGGAGUAAGCAUCGACCGAGGAUCAUUUGACUUCGUGGCUGGACACUGGAGCCGUAUCACAAUUCUUGUGCAACUAAACAACGAGUCUCUCGUUGCGAAUGGCAACAUUGUUUUAUACUUUAAUGACGUUCAAGCGUUAUCACAACAAAACUUAUACUUCAGGUCAGUCAACGAUUUCGCCAUUGGGGGACUGUACUUCUCGACGUUCUUUGGAGGAAGCGACCCCAGCUGGGCAACACCGCAGACCGUUCAUACUUAUUACCGCAAUAUACAGAUGUGGGGCAGCUUCUCUCCAUCUUUACUUUCUGGACAAACGGUCAAUGCUGCACUAUCCUCACGUUGCAAGUUUGGAAGCAUGGGAUGGACGUUGUCUACAUCCGUACUUUUUGUUCUUUUCGUGUAUUCAUAGGCUUGAAUGGCACGUGGACACUUGCACGGUUAUUUGCACACUUCAGGCUUAGCUGAAUUAUUAAAUGUGUUACGUGCACUUGAAGUAUCGUGUAGGUUAUGUGAUAUUAUACCCCACGGAAAGUGCUUUUAUCGCCAGAGUACUGAAGGUCCG